CCCUGACAGAUGAAUUCCGUUGUAUGUUAUUUGACAGUCGCUGACGAUCGACGAGUCCAUCAGCUCAGUGGCCGUUGAUGGACCAUCCCUAUGAAGAAACAGGGUCACAAUGGGACAGAGUACCUCAGAACAAGAGGUCCAAGGCCACACCCCCGAGGUCGGGUUUAAUGACAUCAAGCCAUUGGUGGAGGAGGAACUACAGACGAGCAUGAUGAUGGGGAUGGUGAUUGGUGCAGGCAUCGCCAUCGUUCUCAUCGCCAUCCUCAUCUUCUUCAUCCUGCGGAGGAUCCAGAUUCGGAAUCGAGAAGCUCAGGAGGCUCCAAAAUACCGGUUCCGCAAGAGGGACAAAGUCAUGUUCUAUGGACGAAAGAUGCUGCGUAAAGUCUCCCAGUCUACCUCUUCCCUGGUGGGUACAUCCUCCUCCUCUCGGCCGCGCCUCAAGAAGAAGCAGAAGAUGCUCAAUAUUGCCAAAAAGAUCCUGCGCUUUAAGAAGGAGGUGCCCAUCCUUCAGGCUAAGGAGCCCCCUCCCUCAGUGCUGGAGGCGGACCUCACAGAAUUUGAUGUGGCCAACUCCCACCUCCCUUCCGAGGUGCUCUACAUGCUCAAAAAUGUCCGUGUGCUGGGUCACUUUGAGAAGCCCCUCUUCCUGGAGCUGUGUAAACACAUGGUGUUUCUGCAGUUCCAACAAGGGGAGUACGUCUUCAGGCCAGGCCAGCCUGACAGCAGCAUCUACGUGGUGCAGGACGGAAAACUAGAAUUGUGCCUUACUGGAACGGAUGGCAAAGAGAGUGUGGUGAAGGAGGUUUUCCCAGGAGACAGCGUCCACAGCCUCCUCAGCAUCCUGGAUGUCAUCACAGGCCACCAGAAGCCUUACAAAACGGUGUCAGCACGGGUCGUAGAGGUUUCCACUGUCCUCCGUUUACCUGUAGAGGCCUUCCUCGCUAUAUUUGAGAAGUACCCUGAGAGCCUCGUGCGCGUAGUACAGAUUAUCAUGGUUCGUCUCCAAAGAGUAACAGUCCUAGCACUGCACAACUAUCUGGGACUCACCAAUGAGCUCUUCAGCCAUGAAAUGCAUCCCUCACGUCUGCCACCUCCGUCACCCCACCCGACUCGCACCAGUCCCAUCCGCCAUGGCAAGCGCUUUGGCAGCCUGACAGUGACUGAGGAGCAAAGAGAAGCUGCCAUUAGGGGAGAAGCUGCAGGAGGAGAACCGGGGAAGGAUGGAGCAACUGUGCCAACUCUUAGCAGGACCAUCUCCAUGCCUGUGGACAUCGCUGGUAUGCAGAAAAGCCUGAGGUCAGACUUUGACAUGGCGUACGAACGGGGACGGAUCUCAGUCUCUGCAGAGGAUGGCAACACUCCUCCCAGCUUUACUCGGCAGGAGGUUCUCUGCAAAGACGCGUCCGCAACAGCAACAAAUCCACUGCAUAAUUUAGGCGAGACAUGGAGCAGCCGGGUGGAGCCGACAGAGUCUGUGUCCCAGGAACAGCGGGAGAGGAGGGUGACAGUAGAUGAAGCUCCCUCGGGGAUCUACCUGUAUCCAGAAGAAGAUCCGGGAGUGGACAGUAUUUUCACACCGUUAACCAGUCGAUCCAGUGGUGCUCUGUUUGAGGACGCUCAGAAGGAGGUCCUCAAGCUCAUGAAGAUUGAGGACCCUUCUUUGUUGAAUGGAAGAGUGACUCUGCACCAUGCAAAAGCUGGAGCUGUCUUAGCCAGACAGGGAGACCAGGACGUGAGUCUGCACUUUGUUCUGUCAGGCUGUCUGCACGUCUACCAGCGGAUGAUCAACAAGCAGGAGGCUGUGUGCUUGUUUGUGACUCACCCGGGGGAGAUGGUGGGCCAACUGGCCGUGCUCACCGGAGAACCCCUCAUCUUCACCAUCAAGGCUGUCAGAGACUGCACUUACCUCAAGAUUUCAAAAUCGGAUUUCUACGAGAUCAUGAGGGAACAGCCCAGCGUUGUGCUGAGUGCAGCCCACACAGUCGCCAUUCGCAUGUCUCCUUUUGUCAGGCAGAUGGACUUUGCUAUUGACUGGAUGGCUGUGGAGGCUGGCAGAGCCCUCUACAGACAGGACGACCGAUCAGACUGCACCUACAUCGUACUCAACGGACGUCUGCGUUCAGUCAUCCGAAAAGCAAAUGGCAAGAAAGAGCUCGUUGGGGAAUACGGCAGAGGAGACCUCAUUGGAGUGGUGGAGGCAUUGGCCAGGCAGCCUAGAGCCACCACUGUCCAUGCUGUGAGAGACACGGAGCUGGUCAAGCUGCCGGAGGGAACACUGAACAACAUCAAAAGGCGAUAUCCACAGGUCGUGACAAGGUUGAUCCACUUACUAGGCCAGAAGAUCCUGGGGAACCUGCAGCAGGGCCGAGGGCCGUUCUCAGGCUCCGCUCUGAGUCUGCCCAGUAUGACCACUAGUGCAGACGUAACCAACCCUGCCAGCAACCUCUCCACUGUGGCUGUGCUGCCUGUGUGUGAUGAGGUGCCCAUCAACGCGUUCAACCUGGAGCUCAGCCAUGCCCUCAGUGCCAUUGGGCCCACUCUGCUGUUAACCAGUGAAAUUAUCAGAGAACGUUUGGGGGCCUCUGCUUUGGACAGUAUCCACGAGUACCGUCUGUCCGGCUGGCUGGCCCAGCAGGAGGACAUCAAUCGGAUCGUCCUGUACCAGACUGACAACACCAUGACCCCGUGGACGCAGCGCUGCAUCCGCCAGGCUGACUGUAUCCUCAUUGUUGGCCUGGGGGACCAAGAACCCGCCCUGGGACAGUUGGAGCAGAUGCUGGAGAACACAGCAGUCCGUGCACUGAAGCAGCUGAUCCUGCUGCACAAAGAGGACGGGCCGGGCCCCUCGAGGACGGUGGAGUGGCUCAACAUGCGCAGCUGGUGCUCUGGGCAUCUUCACCUCAAGUGUCCCCGUCGGGUCUUCUCCAGACGCAGCCCCAGCAAACUGCGGGAUGUUUACGAGAAGGUGUUUGAGAAGACGGCAGACAGGCACAGUGAUUUCUCUCGGCUGGCCCGAGUCCUGACUGGAAACAGCAUCGCCCUGGUGCUGGGAGGAGGUGGAGCCAGAGGCUGCUCUCACGUUGGAGUUAUCAAAGCUAUGGAGGAGGCGGGGAUUCCUAUUGACAUAGUGGGUGGGACCUCUAUCGGCUCAUUCAUUGGUGCACUGUACGCUGAAGAGAGGAGUGCCGUCAGAACCAAACAGAGAGCCAGAGAGUGGUCCAAGGCAAUGAACUCUGUUUUUAAAACAGUCCUGGACCUGACCUACCCCAUCACCUCCAUGUUCUCUGGCUCUGCAUUCAACACCAGCAUCUAUAAAGUGUUCCAGGACAAACAAGCUGAGGACCUGUGGCUGCCAUACUUCAAUGUCACCACUGACAUCACUGCCUCCGCCAUGCGUGUUCAUCAGGAUGGCUCUCUGUGGCGCUAUGUGCGGGCGAGCAUGACCCUCUCAGGGUACCUGCCGCCUCUCUGCGACCCCAAAGAUGGCAACUUGCUAAUGGACGGUGGCUACAUCAACAAUCUGCCAGCGGACAUUGCGAGGAACAUGGGAGCCAGAACCGUCAUUGCCAUUGACGUGGGGAGCCAAGAUGAGACUGACCUCUGUAACUAUGGCGACAGCCUGUCCGGCUGGUGGUUGCUCUGGAAACGGAUCAAUCCCUGGGCAGAGAAAGUAAAGGUGCCAGACAUGGCAGAGAUCCAGUCUCGGCUGGCGUAUGUGUCCUGUGUGCGACAGUUAGAGGUGGUGAAGAAGAGUGCCUACUGCGAGUACAUCAGACCGCCCAUCGACCGCUUCAAGACCAUGGACUUUGGAAAGUUUGAUGAGAUCUAUGAUGUGGGCUUCCAGCAUGGCAAGCUGGUGUUCACUGGCUGGGCCCGAGGGGACAUCAUCGAGAACAUGCUGAAGGACCACCACUCAGCGGACUACAACAAUAGCAAGAGGACUGACUCCUGCACGUGUCCAGCAGCUGACUUCACUGACCUUGCAGAAAUUGUGUCCAGGAUAGAGCCGGUCCAAACCUAUGUAGCUGCAGAUGCAGAGGAAUCGGACUGUCUGACGGAGUACGAGGAAGACGGGAUGGACACGGUGAGAGAGGAGGAGGGUGAGGAAGAGGAGGAAGAGGCAGAGGACCUUGACGACCACUCCCCUGGAGAGUGGGGGCAGAAUGGAGUCUUCCAGAGUGAUGAGGAGAAAUCUGUGAGGCAACGCAGGAAGCUCACCAGUGACACCUCGGAAGUGUCAGACUGCUGACAGAGGGCCGCUGAGAAGUAGAAGGAGAUUAACCAAGAACAAGGGACAAAUCACAGGCUCAUGCAUCGUCAAGGCUACAGGACGCUGCUCCUGCGACUCCUGAAACUCUGAACUACUGUUUUUGCUAUUCUGUAGAGGAUCCCAGUGGAUUCUCUAAUCUGUUGAACCUUAAUUUCAUCAAGUCCGGGAUUGGCAUCAUCUGUCGCAUUCUGACCACCGGGUCAGAGAGAUCCUCCAAAUGAGGAACGGUUGUCGAAGAAUUGGCCACUCUGUGUUUUUCACAUCACUUCUACAUCAACCUGACCUGUUGUCAGAAUCCCUGCCUGCCAAAAGGUGAACUCCCACAGCGACCAACUCGACCGAUCCACUUCCAGUUCCCUUCUUCAGAUCGCCUGCACGUUCCAUCUGCAUCUUUGAAUCGUCAUGUGCAUCUCUAGACUUACAGCUGUGUUGCACUUGAUUGUAAUUCACAAUCCAUUCAUUUCUAUUGUGGGGCGUGUGUUUUUCUUGUGCGUUGGAAUGACUGGUACACAAACAAAGCUGUGACUUGAUGAAAUGGGAGCAGGGCACUGAAAAGAAAAGUAAGAAAGUCGUGCAGUUGAACUGUAGUUAGUAAGUUAGGUAAGUUUAGCAUAGAUGUGAAGCGGGGAGUUUAGUAGGGGAAGUUAUAGGAGGACCAGUUCUCCAUGUAGCCACCAGGGUAGAGUUUAAUAUGAAUGUACAGAGGCUGGACCAGUGUUUGGAAGCAGGAGGAAGGGGUUGAUUCAUAUUUAAAGAGAAAGAUGUUUUAAUUUAAUUUGUAGAAAGUUUUGAAAAGUGGGUUUAUGGAAAUAAAGAGAUGGAGGUGUGCCGACUAGAAAAGAGACGAACCAGUGAUAUCUACUGUAAAAUGUGGAGAGAAUGUGAGACACAGCGUCUGGGUGCUUGAAAUCGUAGGUUUCUGCUGUUUUAGAUGAUGCCAGAUAAAGACGAUGCCUUUUCGACCAGUGUUCGAUGAACUGUGACUGCGGAGAAGAGGGCGAGCAUUCGACCGACACGCCACCGGCCUCCGCUCGCACAAGGUCACACGUACAGGACUCGGAGCUCCUGUGUGCAACACGAUAUCUAUGACGAAGAAAAGACAAUCUCCAAAACCACUGCAAGAGAUUAUUGUCAUCCUGACGUGGAUACGCAGAAUUCUCGAGUGAUCCUGAACUCCAAAUGGACUAAACUUCACCUCAUGUAAUUAUAAAAAACACUUCAUUAAUAGGGACCUAAUGUAGAAAUUGUAACAAGAUUAUAUAAUAUUAUUCACAGUGUUAAUAUUAAUAUAUGUAUAUGAAGUGCACAUUUGUAAAUCAAGGCUUUGCUGCGAAACAAGGGAACCUAAUUAAAAAAAAAAGGUUUCCUCUCAGAAAAUCCAUCCUGUUUUUAUGGAUGGUCCAGAUCAGCUUUGUGCUUUUCGUUUAUAAAUCUCAACUACUGGCUUUUAAAAGAUGUUUUUUUUUUUUUUUAAGAUUUGGGGGUGGGGGCUCUCCUAUUUCAAUUAACCAGGCUUUAGCUGUUUUGCACUGAAACAUUUGAAGUACUCCUUGCUCAGAAGAUGUUUGGUUUAGCAAUUGCCAUCCAACUUGAUAUGCCAAGGGAAUCUAAAAGAAAAGUGAUGCUAAUGUAACAUGCAUAUUGGAAAAUAAAUAUUAUAUGCAUCAUG